ACUGAUUGUAAUCAGCUAGCUACCAUGCAACGCACGGCAGCGAUAGGUCUUAGAUUAUCUGCACGUGUUUGUUACAGGGGAUUUUCUGUAAGAAAGGCAACCGGGAUCUGUUCUUCUAUUUUUACAAGCUCCAAAGUCACUGCUGUCAACAUGAAUAGUGGAGGAAAACCUCGAGUUUAUGUAACUCGUAGGAUUCCCAAAGAGGGUCUUGAUUUACUUUCGAAAGAGUGUGAGGUUUCAAUAUGGGACUCUGAUGAUGCUGUCCCCCAAGAUGUCCUUCUCAAGAACGUACCAGGCAUCAGUGGUCUCUACUGCCUCCUCUCUGAUCGUAUUGAUGGAGCCGUCAUGGAUGCCGCUGGACCGAGUCUAAAGGCCAUCAGCACCCUCUCUGUCGGCUAUGAUCACAUCAACCUGGACGAAUGCAGGAAGAGAGGGAUCCGUAUAGGUUACACCCCUGGCAUUCUGACUGAUGCUACGGCCGAGCUUACUGUAGGUCUCCUAUUAACAACAUCAAGGAGACUUGCUGAGGGAGUCACCAAUGUCAAAAAUGGAGGUUGGGGUACAUGGAAGCCCAUGUGGCUCACAGGCCCAGGUCUUCUCAACAGCACAGUGGGUCUCGUUGGACUAGGCAGGAUAGGCAUGGCAAUCGCCCAGCGUCUCAAGCCGUUCGGAGUCAAGAGGUUCCUCUACAGCGGCAACAGCAAGAAAGCUGAAGCAGAUAGCCUGCCGGCUGAAUUUGUUCCCUUUGAGACCCUAGUGAAGGAGUCUGGUUUCGUGGUGGUCAGUUGCUCCCUCAACGCUCAGACCAAAGGGCUCUUCAACAAAAAGGUCUUUGAGAUGAUGAGCUCCAAUGCCAUCUUUGUCAACAUUAGCAGAGGAGCUGUUGUGAAUCAGGAUGACCUCCACGAGGCUUUGACCACUGGUCAGAUCAGAGGAGCUGGUCUUGAUGUGACCACCCCAGAACCUCUACCCACUGACCACCCACUCCUCAAACUCGAUAACUGUGUUGUCUUCCCUCACAUCGGCAGUGCAUCGGAGGAGACAAGGAUAGCCAUGUCCAUCCUCACUACACGCAACCUUUUAGCCGGUCUCAUGGGCGAAGAGAUGCCAGAAGAGGUCCAAUUGUAAUGCAGGUCGGACUUAGAAGUACCAAUCACUAAUUAUUAAUUUUUAUUGUUCUUUAUGUUAGUUGUUCCAUGUGGUAAUAGUGUAUUCGAAAUAUGACCUUCAAAUAGUACUUCUGAAAAGAAAUUUUGAAAGUUAAAAAAAAAAGGGGAUCAUGGGGGACUAACAGGCACUGAUUAGGCAUUGUUUGCUAUAUAGAAGGCGCAAAUAGCUAUAACUAGUGCAGUGGGCCUUUAAAUACACUCUCACUUAUCAAUCAUAAAUUCAACUGGUGAGUAGACUACUGGACACACCUGUAUGUGAUUCCACAAGAUAAGGCCUUCAGGAAACUCGAGUCAGACCCGAGUUCUGUUUGCACAGCUUUGUGAUAUUUUUAUGUUCUUCAUACUCCUUAUCCUAAAGACCCCUAGCCCAUAAAAGAAUAUGGGGUGAUGUUUUUAAAGUUAUUUUUAUACAUUCUAGCUAUACACAAAUUAUAUUCUUUUAGGUGAUUGGUACAUGUACCAGUGAAAUGGGCCGUGAGCUACAGGCGUUAUCACCGCAAGUGAAUUAAAUUAGUUGACUUUGCAGCUUAAGGUUUUGUUGUCACUAUGAAAUGCUGCAUUCAACCCAGCAAUUAUACGGGCAUCGUUUCACAAAACCGUCAUAAGUACAAGCUCACUGACAUUCCACUGAAACACAGUAUUUCAAUGAGUUAUUGUCGAACUUGUACGGUCUUGUGAAAUGCUGCCCAGGUAUGUAAAAUAAAAGUAACAAGUUUUCACUAUCAAAGCUCCACACUUAGUGACGGUAUUCUAUGCGAAGAUAUUCUUUAUAUUAAAUAAGGCAGUAGAAAAAUAGCAGCUGAAAACUAUUUAUUGCUGAUCUGAAGAAAAAGAUAUGUCUACUUCUUAAUUUUCAUGAAUACUCCAAUUCUUUAUUGAUAUGACAUAAUUUUUUGUAAGCAAAUAUAUGUCAUUGUUCAAUCUGAGAAAAAGCAUACAAACAAUGAGAACCUAGGAUAAUAUCUGCUGAGGUGCACACUAAUCAUGUACAAAAUCUAGAUAACCCAAUGAUAAGCAUAUCUUUUAGAAAAACGGGUCUAAAUCCACUACAUUUGUGUGGUAAUGUCUGCUGUGUUUGUGUAUUAUUUUUAAUUUUCGAAGGCUACCUGAAAGGCUUGUACCCUUUUGUUGUGUAUUUAUUUCUGCUGGGAUUACAUCCCAAAUCUAAAAUAAAAUAUUUGUUAUAACAGGGUAGAACCAGCCAGACACAAAGUGUCGAUUGCUCAAAUUAUUUGUAGGUCUCUAAAGAAAUUAUAUCUUGAGUUUCAUUAAUUAUGAAUCCAGCCAUUCUCAAGGGCUGCUACAGUAAGACAAUUUCCAGAGCUUUGUCUUGUAGAAUAAGUUCAUCAAAGAUAGAUCAGAAAAGCGAGGUCAUUAUUUAUCAGGGAGCACUCUAUGUGUGUGAGGACACAUAUUUAAUAUUUUCUGGACUCGGUCUCUGUAAUGGUGCUUGGAAGAGGUAGUGUGUAAUUUACCUGUGACGUUAGAUGACGAUUAUAAUUAAUUUUGUGUGUAUACUAUUGCAUAUUCCAGGGAAAAUGUACUUUAAGGGCAAUUUGCCAGUGAACUCACAAAAAGCCCAUCGGUGGAAAAGAGCCUUUGUUAAAAGCAAAGUAACAAAGUUAAACAACAACAAAAUCUAUAUCUGUUGAAGUUGUAGUGCAUAAAAGUACUGGAUCGACACUGUUCAUAAUUUUUGUUUUACUUGAAAAGUUAUCCUUCUUGGUUUUGUUGUUGAAUUGUAACCAUGAGAAUAAUAGUUUCUUUAUUUGUAGUUGGUGUUUCUGUUGGUAAACAAAGUAAUUGUCAAA